ACUAGUAGAGCUUACCUAUAUGAGAUCUACCGACUCGUCUCCAUUACCGUGUAAGGUUCUUUCUUUUCCUACUUCCUUCACUCUGCCCAUCAAAGUAAAAUCAAUUUAAAGCUCUUCUAUUUCUUCCCUCCUCCCCUUCUUCAUUGAAUUUCUCAUCCCUCGACUUCUUCAAUUGAGUCUGUCGACUACCCACCCACCCACACCUAGGAAGCUGUAAAGAUCUCGGCCAUUUUUAUCGACCUCUUCGAAAUUUACCCCAUCAUCGACUCUUUGUCGCCGUCUAACAUCAUCUCCUGCAACUCUCGACCGACAAGCUGCAAAAUCAAACAACCAUCAAUUUAAAAUACUAGGCAACGCAAACCCAGGAUCGGAAAAUACUAAGAAGAAGAAAAGAGAAGCAUUCAAGACAACGAUAAUUUGAUUCGUUGGUGGAAAAGCUCAAGGUUUGAGGAUAGGUCUUUAAUACUGCUUUUUUCCCUUCCCAAAAAAAGAGAGGAUUCUUCAAAAUCAGUUAUUUUUCACCUCCCACAUCCACAUCCACAUCCAUCCACAACACAAUCCUACCAUCCAUUCCAUCACAGAUAUUAUUCGCCUUCCUUAACAACUUCAAAAUAUCCCUUUCCAGAGUUUGCAGGUUGAUUACAAGUUGUUGUUUUACACCACAUCUGCUUCCUCCCCUAUCGACACAUCUUCUCUUAUUCGCAGUCCCCGUCAAAAGCACACGAUUCAUUCCCUGCUUCCUCCGACCCCAGCACCAGCACGUUUUCCUUCGAAGACUCCUCUGGUGUACAUAAAGCGAUCAAUCCAAAUAGUCAUUUGACUUUACCUUCCAAUUCCGUUCCGAUCACUAUUCAACUUAAAGUGAAACAAAAAUACAAGAAAGAAAGAAAGAAAGAGAUUAACCAAAUAGCAAACGAAAAAUGUCGGCCUCACCUACAACAACAGCUCCUACACAAUCUGCAAAGCGUCCUCUUGAGGAUCCAUCCUCACCAUCUGCACCAAACGAUCAACCAGAUGCCAAAAGACCUGCUCUAGACAAGGUUGUGAAGGAUGAUGAUGAUUCAGAAAAGAAAACUUCCGCCGUCGAAACCGAACUUCCUGUCCACACCAAUUCAAACGGGGAUGCGAAACCUGAUGAAGUCAAUGGAACAAAACCAGAAGUAAAGGAUGCUCAAGGGGAUACUGUGGUAGUUGAUGCUCCUACUACCGAAGCAGCCCAGCCUAUCCAGACUACCGCCUCUGCUGCCAAACCCGAAGGAUCUUCAUCUGGAAAUGCUCUGCCACAUGAUGAAAGCGGAUGGAUACAUGUUCGAUCCGUUAUUACAAGUGCUGAAGCUGCCACCGUUAUUGGCAAAGGAGGGGAAAACGUUUCAUUGGUUCGAAAACUGUCUGGUGCAAAAUGUACAGUCAGUGAUUAUCAAAAAGGCGCAGUGGAAAGAAUUUUGACUGUCAGCGGUGUUGUUGAUGCAGUAGCAAAGGUGUGUUCAUUUGUCUGGAUCAUUGAAAACACAUGACUAAUUAUUCCUAGGCAUUCGGUUUGAUUAUUCGAACAUUGAACAAUGAACCCCUCGAAGCUCCUUCUGACUCUAACUCCAAGACAUACCCUCUCCGACUUCUCAUCCCACAUAUCUUGAUUGGUUCUAUAAUUGGUAAAGGUGGUGUUCGUAUUAGAGAAAUUCAAGAAGCUUCAGGAGCUCGUUUGAAUGCUUCUGAUUCGUACCUUCCACUUUCGACAGAGAGAUCACUUGUCGUUCUCGGUGUCGCAGAUGCCGUUCAUAUUGCAACCUAUUACGUGGGUAGCACAUUGUUUGAACAAUUGACCGAGAGAUUUGGUGGUCCAGCCGCAUCUGCGUAUGCAUCAAGAAGUGGUGGACCUGCAGGUGUGGUCCCAGGUGGUAUGCAGGUUGUUCCAUAUGUUCCACAACCAGCUGGUGGAAAUUAUGGUCACCCUGACAACCAUCGUCGUUCUGAUCGUGGUUCUCAUCAUACUCCUGGAAAUAAUUAUGCCCAACCAUAUGGUCAAGGACAAGCACCUCAUCAACAACCAGCUGCUGCUGCACAUUAUGGUGGACAUGCUUCUCCAGCAGUUGGUGGUUAUGGUGGAGUGGGUCCACAGCAACCACAACAAGCUGGCCACGCUGUUCCUCAACCACAUGCUACGGGUCCACAAGGUCAGCCCAUGACAGGAGCUAUUCCUGGUCAACCUUUGACCCAACAAAUCUUCAUUCCAAAUGAUAUGGUUGGAGCUAUAAUUGGUAAAGGUGGUGCUAAGAUCAAUGAAAUCAGACAACUCAGUGGUAGUGUCAUCAAGAUCAAUGAACCUCAAGAUAAUUCAAAUGAAAGAUUGGUUACAAUUACAGGAACGGCAGAAUGCAACCAAAUGGCAUUGUAAGUUUUUUAUCCUUUAAUCUCAUUUUUCACACAUGCUAAUGAAUUAAUAGAUACAUGCUUUACUCAAGGCUAGAGAGUGAACGUCACAGAGCAUCAAGCUAAAUUGAUAUAUGAAAAUUGGUAGAUAAGGACAAGGAAAAAGGUCUCUCUUUAGCAAUAUGUGUUAACAAUCAGAAUCAAAUUUCUUAUGGAUGUUACUGACCGGUCGGUUGGUGGAUGGCUUGCUUUUAUGGCGUAUAUUUUUCCCUAUGGAGUGAAGUUAUCUUUCAACUCGAAUUGAUACUAAAAAAGUUAAUGGUGUGAAAAUUGGAGGAGCUUAUUGAUGAUGUGAUGUGAUGGGAGCAGGCUGGUUGAUGGGAUGAAAUAAGACUUCUGCUCGAUUUGUAUCAGGGAUUAUUGCAUGAAUUGAUGGGGAAAACUGAAGUGAAACUAAAGAAGCACGAUAAGCGAGCAAGAGAGGAAAAAAUAGGUAGAUGUGAAAUGAAACGUGAAGAAUUGCUUCAUAAUGAUAUGAAUCGA